GGCGGCAGUGGUUUUCGUCGUCGGCACGGCGGCCCUCGUUUCCAUCGUUUUCGUCGCGUCGUCCUCGUUGUCGUUCUCGUUGUCAUCCUCGUCUUUGCCGCGAUCGUUUUUUCCUUUUGUCGUUUCAAAAAGACUCUACGUUUAUUCUGUUUGGUUCGACGGUACACUGGCAGAAAACGAGUCAUAUGGAUAUUUGUCAGGGGCGAGGUAGGAAAUCCGUAUGCGAGCACACAGAAGAGUGACAGGUUACGAAUUCGUCGAAAGUGGGAGGGAAAUACAGAAGGAAGAAAAAAAGAAAGGGCGGAAAGGAAGAAAGGAAAAAAGGAGGGAGAAAUAUUGGUAGGAUGAAGCAUCGUGGACGAGGGUAGGGCAACAGAAACCAAUAGUGAGGUGAAUAGGUGGCAGAUAGCGUAAACGGAAAACGGCCAGCAGUUAGAGUAUACAAAAAGGAACGGGGUACCGUCAGUCAAGUGCGACCGCGUGCACAAGACAGUAUUGUGCAGAUAUAACGCUGUUAUCCCUCCUCUUUUUCUUUGAUCUUUGCUCCUUUAUUUUCCUUCUUCUGCCCCUUUCCCAUCCUACUUCUCUUUUUCUUUUCCUUUAAUUUUUCCAUCUGUGAUACGCGCUCGCGACGGAGAGGAGGAACACGACACGUCGAUGAAUGAAACUGACGACGAACAGUUAUCAUUCUUAUUCGCGUUUGCUUGCUUCUAACAGCAAGAAGCAAGCUAAGCUCUCGUUCGUUCUUACCAACGAAACGACAUCGGAUAGAGAUUUAAGAAAGAAGGAAUAUCAAUCAUCUAUACUCAAGAAAAUCUUCACGAGGAUAUUAUACGAAAAAAAUCGCGUUCAUUCUUCGCUAUCGUGAAUUAUCAACGUGCUUAUUUUAUGUAUCAUCGAUCAGGUGACAAGAAGAAAACGAGACGGUAUCAGAAUUUGAGGAAUCGGUGAAGCCGGUAAUCACGGUGCUACGAAACGUUAGGAAGAUAAAGAGAAAGAUAACCAAAAGAAAAAAGGGGAAAAAACAACAACGAAAAACAGACCUCAGCCAAGAUGACAGCCAUAGUGACAGAUCUGGUGCACGGGUACAGGGAUCUGAUGGAUAACAAAUCAGAUCCCAGAGUGAACCAUUGGAUGAUGAUGAGCAGUCCUCUUCCUACCAUGGUGAUAUGCCUGUGUUAUGCGUAUUUCAGCAAAGUUUUAGGACCGAGGAUAAUGGAGAAUAAAAAGCCUUACAAGCUUCGAGGAAUCCUAAUUAGCUAUAACCUGAUCCAAACGCUAUUCUCCACGUGGAUCUUUUACGAGUACUUGAUGAGUGGCUGGGCGAAAGGAUACAGUUUCCGGUGCCAACCGGUCGACUAUUCCAACAACGCUAUGGCGCUACGAAUGGCCAACACAUGUUGGUGGUAUUACAUCAGCAAGUUCACCGAGUUCUUCGAUACCCUCUUUUUCAUUCUGAGGAAAAAGAAUCAGCACGUGUCAACGCUUCACGUAAUCCAUCAUGGCAUAAUGCCAUUUUCAGUUUGGAUGGGCUUGAAGUUCGCACCAGGCGGUCAUAGCACUUUCUUCGCCCUUUUAAACACUUUUGUUCAUAUUAUAAUGUAUUUCUACUAUAUGGUGGCUGCAAUGGGCCCUGAAUAUCAGAAGUAUAUAUGGUGGAAAAAGUACCUGACUACUAUGCAAAUGGUGCAAUUCGUGUUAAUCAUGUGUCACCAGUUCCAGCUUCUUUUUAUAGACUGCGAUUAUCCUCGUAGCUUUAUGAUUUGGAUCGGUUUACACGGCGUGCUCUUUUUAGGUCUUUUUUCGGACUUUUACAAAGCAAAGUACGUAGACAGAAGGGAAAAAUCAGCAAAGAAGUACAGUGUACAAAAUGGGUCGACCGGUCUUUGCAUGCCUGUACUCGAGGAUUCGGCGCCACGACAAAACGGUGUUUCGUCAUACACGACGAUCUACAAUAAGGAAUACAACAAGGAGUAUAACAGCUGUUACAGCAACGGAACAAAUAACGGUUAUGUCGCCAAUAAUAACACGGAGAAAAAGCUCGCUUAGGACAUUCUGAUUUUGGUAAAAGCUCUUGAACAACCGUCGAGAUACCAAAUCACACGAUAUACAGUAUAAUUACACGUUGCCGGCACAUUGACGGUCGUACAGUGACAGUUUAUACACAAAACAUAUACAUAAAAAAAACAUGUCGAACGAUUUCGAUUCGAGUAGUGAUUGCGCGCGACUCCGCCUGGAUCCAAUGUGGCCGUUUCGCAAAGUAAAAUAAACUAUAAUACUAGUUGUAAUUCGCCGUGGAGUCUGUGUUCAUGUUCACGUAUAGAGUCGUCGACGAGAGACAUCUGUCGCGCAGAUACGUUCGAUUUUCCCGCUAACGCUUUAAAUUAUUUCAUAUUAAAAAAAAAACUGUAUCAAACGGGGUGGCGAUUAUGUUUAUGUCGGAAUAGUUUAACGGGGUUUAUAUAAGAAAUAAUUAUUGAUAAUAUUAUUAUUAAUAAGGAGAAAGGGCUCUUUUACCCGUAUUGUUGUAUACAUGUAUUAAUUAUAAUAUAUAUAUAUAUAUAAAAAAAAAAUUCCAUCCGCAACCGGAUUGUGGAUGAGGCUGAAGAAAGUCGUCGACUCGUCGAUGGCUUUAUGAACGGAGAAAAAAAGAGCAAAAAUGGUGAUGAGCCGGUGAUGAACGACCGAGGAAUGCGAAGAGACCAGAGAGAAUAAACGGACAAAAAUUAAAACGCGCACACGAUGAGUAAUAAAUUAAUGAUCGAUCUGUCUCAUCGAUGACAUUAUGUUUUCCGCACGCGAUUGUCGAGAGUGUUUUUUUUUUUUCAUUGCGUGCGUUUAUUGUAUGCGUGAACGAGUGUGAUCGUUUGUUAGUUGUAUAUGAUUACGAGGCAUUUCUUAUUGGGGAGGCAUUGAAACGAUCCCCAUUUACCGUAUUUCCUUAUCGUCCGACUCUGUCUCUCUAUUGCCCCGAUUGUGUUCAAAGCUUUGGUGUUCGUCGUAGAAAUAAGCGUCUGUCGAUUCGCGUUUAAAGAAGGAGAGAAAACGUAUCGAUCCUUCUCCUCUCUUGUUGAAGCUUGAUUCUUCUCUAUUAUUGAAGAAACAUCAUCGAUAUAACUCGGCAAAAAUUGUACAUCAUAUCUUUGAGAAUGUUCGGUUAGCUUUUUGUUAUUCGUAGUCAAUAAUAAAGCCACGCAACAUUUCUUUUUUUUUUUUUAAAUAAAAUAUUCAUGGAUAUAUACAUAUAUAUAUAUAUGUAUAUAUAUAUAUCAGCUGUUGAGGUAGAAUCAAGCUUCUCAAGAGUUUUAAAAAAAAAUUGUCGGCGAAAUUUAUCUCUUGUUCACCGAUGAACUGGUCAUAUUGGUAAAAAAAAAAAAAAGAAGGUCGAAUGCCAAUCGUUCGAAUAUACAUAUGUUAUAUAAAUGCAUGGAGGGAAAGAGAAAACGUUUAUCUAGGAAUCAUAUGAAAUCUCUUGUUAAGGUUACAAACUUUUGUACUCUUCCUAUUACGGAAAGAUGAAGGUUUUUAUUUAUGACCGCACAGAAAUAAAAAAAAAUCUGAGGAAAAAAAAAAAAAAAAGAACAAUUCGAUCCUAUAAAUUUAAUGUUGUAUAUUUUUACAAGGAAAUAAUAGAUCAAUCGCAUAAUAAAAGAAAAAAAAAAAAAAAACGUUGACGUUAAUGGUGUCAAAGACGUGCUUUCUUGUGAAAGUAUUCAUAUUAUGGAAAUGUAUUAUUGCCAAGUUUUAAUAACGUAUUAGAAAAAAAAAAAAAAAUAUUUGAUGAGAAAUGAUUUAUAAUAAAAGAAGUAAAAAAAAAAAAAAAGAAAAAAAAGAGAAACCAACGUCGACAAGACUGUUAAUAUAAUCGUAAAAAACGUACGUGCAAAUAUCAUUUCAACAUCUCGAAAAGACAUUUUUUUUUUUUUUUUUUUUUUCUCUCUCUCUUAAUAUAAAAUUAGCUUUCGAUGAUGUGACGAAUAUGCAUUUCUUUAGUCGACAAAGCUUUUGCUUUUUUUAGUCCUUUGUCACUCAUUCCAAAAUAAUAAGGAAUUGAUCUUCGAGUUACGAUUUAGCAAAUAAUUUUUUAUAUAUCUUUAACGCUCAAAAUAUUAUAAUAACUUGAACCUCUUUUGAACUGAAUUCUUCUUCCGUUUAUAUAAAAUCCCUGUAAUAUCGUUUCUCGGCUAUGGUUCAAAAAUCAAAUCAAAUCAAAUCAUUUCUACCCAGUGAUUAUGCAUUUUCAAUUAUGCAAUCUCGUGUCAACCAAUAUGAAUCAUAAAGGCGUUUCGUUUAAUUGUUUUCUUUUGUUUUUUUCUUUUUCUUUCUUCUUUUUUUUUUUUAUAAUUCAUUAUAAAAAAACUUGUAAAAAUAACUUUAGCAUAGAAAACAAAGCAAUUUCGCACCUGUUAAAGUCUUGCAAAAAAAAAAAAAAAAAA